UAUGCAUAUAUUAUUUAUUAAGCAGAUUCCGAACACACAAAAAUUUUCGGUGAAAGUGUUUUGGGAGUGAGGUGGAGGACAAUUUUCGGAAAUUCCACCAGAGUCCACUUAAAUUCCUCUUAACUUCCAGGAAAAUGAAUAUUUUUUCGUGAAAUUUUCUACAAACAUACCUUGAUGUAUGUACAUUUCGAGCAUGUAGGAAUUUUGAAGGAAACAAUUGCAGAUCAUGGGACUAAAAAUGAAACAGGAAUACGAUGUCCCAAAAGACGAAGACGAUGUCCCAAAAGACGAAGACGAUGUCCCAAAAGAUGAAUACUCUACAUCGUUCGGCCAGAUUAGUGACAUGACACUCAUUUGCUAUGUCCCUGUAAUGAUGAGUUGUCAGACGAUAAUGCACCUUUACGCACAUUCACGUAUCGAAGAAGAAUAUAGUGAAGCACUGGGUUUCUCUUCGCUGUAUCGAGACCGCCUGCAAAAGUUAUCGAUAAAAGAGGAGGUGCAACGUCUAACGAGUACAUGGAUGACCAAUGCUUUAUCCGUGGAAUAUUUUAUGAACAUUUUCUCAAUUGUUUUAAUACAUUUCCUAGGCGAAGCUUUUGGUCGUAAAAUUGGCAUGCUGGUGUCUCUGAGCGGUACAAUCGGAAAAGUCAUUGUAAUUACAGCAACGAUGUCCUUCAAACUACCUUUGAACCUCUUGGUUGUGGCUUGCGCUAUGAAUGGCAUCACCGGAGGAGCUGGAAGCUUCAUCACUGGUAUUGUUUCGCACAUUUCCGAUGAAAGCAAGCUCGGAAAAUCCUGCUUCGAUCGUUUUUCAAGAGUUCUGGCUUUAGCCGUUGGAAUAUCCGGCAUUUUUAUCAUUAUCUUCGGUUUUAUAAUAACUACCCGUAACAGUAUCAUUGUGUCUCUUUGUUUGUUGAAUUUAACCUUAAUCAGUGGAAUCAUUCUUAUAUUUCGCUUUGAGGAAUCACAACAGAGAAACACCAGCCAGAUAUAUUUAACAAUGAAGAGUUCCUUUUGGGAUUUAUGGAAUGUAGUGCCUGUCAGAAAAUUUUUAUUGUUGUUCUUUUUCUUGUCAAUGGCAGCCUUUAGUUAUUUGCCUGCUGGAGGACAGACUAUCUUUAUCACACAGUUUUUUAUUAACAAAUCAUUUAACUCCUGCGACAACACCACGAUCGGAAUAUACUUAGGUAUUUUCACUUUCAGCUUUUACAUCACUUACUUCUUCGCAAGCAUGGCAACAAUGGAGCAAAUAAGUAGUAAUGCGAUAAUCAUUGGAUGUCUUCUAAUCGGGUUCGUCAGCAGUAUUGUUCUUUCUCUCACAAUGAGAAUGUUCUUUUAUCAAGCAGUUCUGGUGAACAACGUGGUUGUCUACACAGUAAUGUAUUUCAUCGGCAAAGAGAUGUCUCUGCUUGUUGAGGUCCGCUUACAUGGUUGCCUUUAUGCCCUAUUGUUCAUCAUCAAUUCAUUUGCUACGUCACUGACGCUACCUUUCCUCAAUAUGAUAUAUAAGAGGACGCUCACCUAUUUCCCCGGUUCUCUAUAUUUUACAUAUGCCGCAUUCUUUUUAAUUGCAGCAGCUUUUCAAUUGGGAGUAUGGUUUUACGAGAAAGAUAAAAAGGAAAAAAGAGAAUAAAACGUUUUGCAUGAAACCUCAACAAAGCAGAACUCAAAGACUUUCUUAAUUAUGUUUCGUAGAUUUACUAAAUAAAGUACCUAACGUACCUUGAAGAAGAAACAUUGGUAACUAGCAGCAAAUAAAGCAUAA